AUGGAAACCGAGCCGGGAACCGGCAGCAGUGCCCAUGAUCCGAUGGAUUCUCUCGAGGACCACGAGGACGAUGAUGAGCUUCCGCUGUCCAAAAUCUCUUGCGAUCGCUGCCGUCGUCGUAAGCUCGAGGAGUUUGGCCAUGCUUUGGGCAAUAUUGAUAGCAACUCGCAGCCCUCCACCUCGUCAACCCUUCCAUAUCGCUCUUCGCCAGCAACACCAGCAUCUCGCGGUACCCCAACAGAAGCCUUAGCCGCCCCAUCGCCAUCAAGCGGCAACACGAGCAAGAUUCUAACACCAAAAUUGGAAUAUGAGGGAGAAUCAUCUCUUUCGGCGCAAGCCGCUUUCGCUAACAAGUUCCUCCGCGAUGCUGUCAGCAGCAAGCCCUCUGCCGACGUGACAGGAGAGAUGGCCUCUGUCUUGGAUACCCUCAGUCGCACAAUUGGGAAUCAAAAGCGGGAGCAAGAGCCCGAGUACCUCUAUCCUCAUGCCAGAACGCUUGAGCCGGGCACCACACUCCGAGACCUGCCCAUGCCUCCAGUAGAAACUGCUUUCGCCUGCCUCAGAAUGGCCAAAGAACACCCUCGCGUCAAGUUCUUUUGGAAUCACGAAGCAAACUCCGUCUCAUCGUUCACCGACUACUUCCUCAAGGUUUACUCCCCAGGGGAGGUGACCCACGCAGACCUCAUCAUCGUCAACGGAGGCUUGUACUGGCUAUUUCUCGAAUGCAAAAACGUGAUUGCCAAUCCGGCUAAGAAGUCGGACUACGCAGAGCAGGCAACUACUUGCCGCGCGAAUCUCGAAACCGUACUCUCAAGUCUGCCGUUCCAUCUGCCAUCAACGAUGGACACCACGUGCGCUAUGAUGUUGGCUGCCAUGUACUGCCUCGACUCCUGCAAGCCGUCCGCCGCAUGGAACUUCAUCGCCACUGCAUCGCACAUGAGCCAGACUCUAGGUAUGCACAGCAUAGUUGCCAUGGCUAACGACGAUGCGGAGACCAAACGAGAGAAGCUCAAGCUGUUCUGGAUGAUCUACAUGCAUGAGAAGGGUCUCUCCCUUCGACUGGGCCGAUCAUCUACCAUUCGCGACUCUGAUGUGACCGUUCCUUCUCUUGCACCAAAUCCAAGGGCAGAUACGGCCAUCUUUGGCCAGCUGCAGAAAUGGACAGAACUGGCAAGAAUUCAAGGCAUGGUCUACGAUCAAAUCUACAGUCCCGCCGCGUUGAUACAACCUCAAGCCGUCAGGACCGCACGGGCACGAAGGCUUGCCUCGGUCCUCGAGGGCUUUACGAGCAAAACAUCCCCAGAUGAGCUGCGCUACAUGCAAGCAAUGAAGGACGCGGUCGGAGACUUGUUUUUCGAAGCCUUUAUUUGCACCACAAGGGUCACGCAUCUGUCUUUGUUCUGCCUGAUAUACCGAGCCAUUCCUGCCGAGCCGGGCGAGGGUACCGUCUUUGGUAAGGAGUGCAUAGCCAGCGCCCGCCAAGCCCUCGAAGAACACGAAAAAUGCAUGUCUAUUAUUCACAAACUUGACGAAGACUUCCUCGAAACAUACGUCAACUGGGCUCUCCUGCAAUCACCAUUCGUCCCAUUCACAGUCCUCUUCUGCCAUGUCAUCGAGACAUGCAACGAAGCAGACCUCGAUCGUCUCGGUGGUCUCAUCGGCUCUCUACAGCAGUUGUUGACCGAUGACUUCUCGACAGGCGUCAAGAAGGAGGUCCGGCUGUUCAAGGUCUUGUACGACGUGGCGUGUAGUUACAUCAAGUUGAAGACGAACGAUUCGCGACAGGUUGAAGACAACAGCAUCGGUGGCUGGGGAAUGACUGCGGCGUCUCUGAUGAUGCCGCCGUCCUUGUCCCAGGCGAAUUUGAUGCCGACGCCGGACUCGAGCUCGCAGGGGGUGGCACAUACGCCAUUUUCACAGCUUGGCGACGCCGAAGCCGUGAUGGGCGGGGCAUUCGGUGAUCCGUCUGCGAGCAAUGGGUGGAUUCCCGGUAACUCAUUUGCGAUGCCCGGCGACUUCAGCAUGGAGGUUGAUCAGCAGAGCACGCAACUUGGCAACUGGCUGUACAUGAACAACCAGAUGAUAAGAGCACUGGAGGACAGUUAUUUUUGA